CGUCUUGCAACCAGAUCGAGAAUGAAGUGUCUGAUUUUGGCCUUAGUCAUUGCCGCUGUCCUGGUGUCCCUGGUCACAGCCGGAACCGUGGUCAUUGGCGGACGAUGCCUGGAUUGCAGUCCGCCGGUGGGGGAAAAGGUUAUAGUCGAUGGCCAAGUCCACAGCAGGGGUAAUCCGGGACAAGGAACUGUUUAUAUUAAUUCGCCGGGCGCAUAUCCAGGAGCUCUGGAGGGUUCUGCCCUUAGGCCUCGUCCUAAGAUAAGUAGAGGAGGUGAUUCUGUCUCCCAGUAUCCUGAGGGCUUCAGUGGCCGUGUUCCGGGUAACACUUACCUCCACAACGCGGACUGUGUCGGCUGCAGCAUCAGCGGGGGCGGAGACUGAAAAUUAAUAAAAUAUAAUUAGCAAAAAUCUGACAUCUUUAUCUUAAAUUGUUGAAUAUUUUAAAAAUUGAAUAAUUAAAUAUGAGAAGCAAUAAAUGAAUGAGUAAUGAAA